UAAUGAUAAUAAUAGUAGUAAUUAUCCGAUAAUAAUAACGGUAGUAAUGAUAAAGAUGGCUGUUUAGAUUUUCGUUUCAUAACCGUCAGUGAUUUUUCGCUACCUCAGGGAGUUUUCCUCUUCUAAUUUCCCCUCAGUUUGUGUUCGUGUGAUGGUUAAUGCUCGAGGAUCGUCCGCGUCCCUAACUCGGUGAUGGUGAUGCAGUGACGAGCUCUCACAAUAAUCGUACAGAAAUGUCAUUAAGGACAACCUGGGCCUCUAAGUUUGAAUAUCUGGCGGAAAGGCGGACAUUAUCACUCUUUGCGCUGUCGGUGCGAGGCAGAUCUCUCUCUCUCCAGCCUGCGAGCUGCAGCCACGAAACGAGAUAACAGUGAUCGAUCAUGUUAUUACCUCACAAGGCUUGUGGCAGAACUCAGACUUUAGCGAGUCUUCCCUUCCGGAGAUAGAGACCAGGGCCGCCAUGUGACGUGCCGUGGCUGCCCGCUCGCUCUCUCCGCCACCUUCACUCUUCUCCGCGAACUCAGCAUCCGGAUACUCUUUGGUCUCCUCGAAGUACUCUCUGCUGCUGCUCUCUUGCAGAAGAAAGCUUCAGUUCUGUUAUCCGCUGUUGCGUGCCGUUGUGUGGAAAGUUCGUUGUGUGCUUUGAUAAGACCAUACUCACUCUGCGAAGUCACUCAUGCUCACGCCACAGCCCUCCUGUAGGCACCAAGGCACCCCGCGCCCCCCGUCGCUCCCUCGCUUGCUCCUGAAGAGGCAGCGGCCCCUCGGGACGUAGCCGCUCCCUCUGCCCCGGACUUUCUCUCCUUCCUCGCGCUCGUGGGUCGCCUCGGGCCGCGUGAUGGUGGGAGCUCCGGGCCUGGACGGCGGCUUGCUCAGCGGCGCCGACGGAGCGGUCAUGGGCGGCGACACCGUGGAGGACGAGGUGGACCUCGGCUCCAUCCCUCUGCUGGAGACGCCCCCUGGCGAGCAGCCGCCGCCCUCGCCGCGCCUGCUCGGCUACAGCGGAGCCUACGGCGCCAACGGCGGCUACGGCCCCGGCUACGGCAACGGCUACCCCGCCUAUGGAGGGGGGGAGCUGGUCAUGCUGGCCGGCGGCGCCCACGUCGGGGUGGAGAGCCUGGCGCAGGCGGCGGUCAUCCUGGUCAUCGGCGUCGCCAUCAUAAUCUCCAACAUCAUCGUCUUGGCCACGUUCAUCACCAUGCCAGGCCCAAAGGACGUGAUCAUGUACUACCUCAUGUCCCUGGGAGUGUCCGACUUGGUAGCGGGCGUGGUGGUGGUGCCCCUCAGCGUGUACCCGGCCCUGGUCCAGCGCUGGGUGUAUGGCGACGCUGUCUGUGGCCUGGCUGGGUACCUUGAGACGACGCUGUGGUUCGCCCAGCUGUGCACCUUCAUGUGGAUCAGUGUGGACCGGUAUCUGGCCAUCAGGAAGCCUCUCAGGUACGAGACGGUGCAGACGAAGACGCGAUGCCAGUGUUGGGUUGUGUUCACGUGGAUCACCUCCAUGAUGUUGUGUUGCCCGCCGCUGCUGGGCUUCAACAACUCUUCCCAUUGGGAUUCUGAGGCUUUUGUGUGCUGGCUGGACUGGGGCAGCAUGAUAGCGUACGCGUUCACUCUCGUUCCCAUGGUGCUGGGACCUACACUCAUCACCCUCUUCUACACCUACGGCUACAUCUUCAACACCAUGCGCAGGCUCAAAACUUGCGUGGUGGGACAGGACAAGGAGUUUAUCACCGCACUCACCUCGAACCUGGCAAACCCCGACCAUGCCAUGUCUUUCGUGCUGGUGCUCACUUUCUGGCUCUCGUGGGGGCCGUGCGUGGGGGUGAGGACCUACGAGUACCUCACGGGCCACCAUAUCGACGUGAGAUUUCUUCACUUCGCUGUCUUCUGGCUCGGGGCGCUCAACUCGUGCUGGAAAUCCAUUAUCUACAUCGCCAUGAGCCCGAAGUUCCGCCGCGGCCUCAAGCUCUUCUGCCUCUCCCUAUGUUGUCAGCGGAAGGCGCGGAAUGCCGAACUCAUCAUGGACUACUAGAUCACCCAGGACUUCCGUGUAUAAUUCUCUUCCAUGUGUUCCCGUAACUUUAGCGAGUAACGAUGCUUUUCUAGCGUGUGAAGUUGUGUUAGUGAGGAGCCGUAGAAGACAGGUCGCGGGUGAAUGCAUUUAAUGCUCAAUCGAUAAAGUCGAGCACUGGUGGACUGCUGUGCGGGGCUGCGAUCAGUGCUAACUGGAUCAAAAGAUAGGAUUUUUUGUACUUGACAAUCUUAGAAUGAAUGUUAGUGUGUUUAGACUUCGCUGCUGCUGGUCCCACUUCCAGGGGGUUGGCGAGCAUUACACAUUGUUGUCUCUUGUACUGUCCGUUCUUGUUGGGGUGUCUGCGUGUGGUAGACAGGCUUUAGGGUUUCAGAAACAUAUCAGUGUCUCAGAUAUAGCCGCGUCCAGAUGAAAAAAGAACAUUUAUGCGCGAAUGUCUGCAUAUAUAUAUAUUCUUUUUCUUUGAAUUUUCGAGUGGGUUUUAUUUCCUCCAUUCUCCUUACCACAUGCUUCUAGUUUAUUGUUCACCUGUGUAUACUUUCUUACAAUAUGAUGUGAUUAUGAUUCAGGUAUGAUAUGCGUUUAUAUAAAGGUAUGUGUCCUACACUAUUAGUGAAAGACUUUUAUGUAACUGCUGAUCUCCACCUAUUGGACACCACUGCUCGGAAGUCAGAAGAAAAAAAAUCAAGACUUUAGCAUUGCAUUGAUUCCGUGGUUGUUUUUCCUACAUUUCUGUGAAAGGAGAAAUGGUGAUAGUGAAACAUGACAAAGUUUUCUUAAGGAACCUUUGGUAAUUUAACUCAAACCAACUCAAUUCAACUAUUUAAUCUGUUUCCCUAUUUCUUUUCUUAUUGUUAAGUGCUAUACAAAAUCUGUCUGUUAAUGCAUUUGUAAUCGUUCACUCACACAUUCAUAGCACGUGGACGUGCGCGAGUACACAUACACACACACACA